AUGCCUGAUCCAACAGAAUUUAAUGAUGCUCUAGACUUAGAGGAGAACGCACAGAAAGUACAAAGUGCUUUGAAGAAAGCUCCAAUCGGUAGACUCUUCUAUUUGAACAAACCAGAGGCUUUUGUUCUUGCACUUGGUUCUAUAACUGCUGCAAUGGUUGCAGUCCAAUUUCCUAUAUUUGGAACAUUGGUUUCAACUGCAAUAAAGUCCUUCUACGAGCCGGCAGAAGAACUACUAAAGCACUCCAGGUUUUCGGCAAUCAUGUUCGUUGCACUGGGCGCUUAUGCUUUUGUUCUCAAUCCAAUAGUGAACAUCAUGUUCGGAAUAGCAGUUUGUAGUACGAGUUUCAAUCCUACUGAUGCUCUAAUUGUUAAGCGACUUGUCGGGGACACCUUAUUAUUUAAUAUCCAGACUAUAUCAACUAUCAUAUUAGCCUUCAACUGGAAGCUGGCAAUGGUGGCCAACUGGAAGCUGGCACUAAUUAUCACAGUAGUCGUCCCUCUGGUGGGUUUCCAAUCUUUUGCUCAGAUGAAGCUACUAGUAGGUCUGAACAGAAACGCAAAGUUGAAGUACGAAGAAGCGAGUCAACUCGCAACUGAUGCUGUUGGCGGCAUCAGAACUGUGGCAGCAUUAUGUGCCGAGAAGAACGUGAUGGAGAUGUAUGACAAGAAAUGUGAAUCUCCAAUAAGAGAAGGAAUAAGGGAAGGUGUUGUUGGUGGCUUGGGUUUUGGCUUCUCCUUCCUUGUAUUCUACUUUGUGUAUGCUCUCUGUUUCUAUGUUGGCGCUCAUUUCGUUCAGCAUGGAAUCGCGACAUUUCCUGAAGUGUUUAGGGUCUUCUUCGUAUUGGUUUUGGGGACUGGUGCGAUCUCUCGAGCCAGCGCUUUAGGUGGAGACACCAAUAAGGCUAUUGAUGCGGCCGUCUCCAUCUUUGAAAUUCUUGACUCCAAAUCCAAGAUUGAUUACAGCAACGAGGAGGGUGUGACCAUUGCAAAUGUGAGAGGGGACAUUGAUUUCCAAAAUGUGCGCUUCAAAAACUGUUGCACUAGUUGGGAAGAGUGGAAGUGGCCAAGUCCACAGCGAUUGCCCUCCUUGAGAGGUUCUAUGACCCUGAUUUCGGCAACAUCUUUCUCGACGGUUCGGAAACUCAAGGUUAGCUGGCUUCGACUGCAAGUUGGCCUAGCUGGCCAGGAGCCGGUGCUAUUCAACGACACCAUCCGUGCCAACAUAGCUUAUGGGAAGCAAGGCGAGGCAUCCGAAGAAGCUAUCGUCGCCGCUGCUGAAGCCGCCAAUACACAUCAGUUCAUCUCUGCCUUGCGUAACGGGUACAACACCAUCGUCGGAGAGAGGGGAAUCCAGUUGUCCGGUGGGCAGAAGCAACGUGUUGCCAUCGCGAGGGCCACCGUGAAGGACCCUAGAGUGCUGCUACUGGAUGAGGCAACGAGUGCACUGGACGCAGAGUCGGAGCGGGGGUUGCAGCAAGCUCUAGACACGGUAGCCAUUGGUAGGACAACGGUGGUGGUUGCGCAUCGCUUGUCAACAAUCAGAGGCGCGGAUAUCAUUGCUGUCCUUAAGAAUGGUACCAUAGCUGAGAAAGGCAAGCAUGAAGAGUUGAUGCAGUUGAAGGACGGAUCCUACGCUUCGCUUGUUCAGCUUGGCUCUGCAUCCGCAUGA